AUGUCGUGGCAAACCUACGUCGAUGAUCACCUUCUCUGCGAUAUCGAAGGGAAUCAUCUCACUCAUGCAGCUAUUCUAGGUCAAGACGGCAGCGUUUGGGCUCAGAGUGCUAGUUUCCCUCAGUUUAAGCCUGAGGAGAUUACUGCUGUCAAUAGUGAUUUUAAUGAGCCUGGAACUCUUGCUCCUACUGGUUUAUACAUUGGGGGGACGAAGUAUAUGGUGAUUCAAGGUGAACCCGGAGCUGUUAUUCGUGGGAAGAAGGGUCCUGGUGGUGUUACUGUUAAGAAGACCACUCUUGCUUUGGUGAUUGGUAUUUAUGAUGAACCAAUGACUCCUGGUCAGUGCAACAUGGUAGUUGAAAGGCUUGGUGAUUAUCUCAUUGAACAGGGUCUCUAA